UAGAUUUUGAAGAAAAAAAAAUGAAAAUUUUCAUUUCUCAAAUUUCUUGUAUUUAAAUAUAUAACUUUUCACUUAACUAUUUUUUAUUUUUAAUAGAUUGCAUGGUUAAUAUAUUUGGACAUAACAUUUUCAAACUAAAAAGACAUUAAUUUGGUUAUUGUUUUUAAAUUUUGGAUGUAACUUUUUGUUAAUUGCUGAAAUAAGAAGUUUGACAUGCAUUUUAAUCGAAUAGCAAAUCAUCUUCUACGUAAUUGUAUGUAUAUCAUAUGAAUUUAAAGUAUGUGUAGUAUCAAUAUAAAUAUUUUAUAUAAAAUGAAAGAUGUAAACUAUAAAUAUAAGAUUAAUUAUCAUAUGUUCGGUUAUUUUCGGAUAUCCAUUCGGGUUCGGAUAUUACCCGUUCGGGUUCGGAUAUCCAAUCUCUCCUAAUUCAAUACCCGUUCGGAUAUUUUGCUACUUCGGUUCGGAUUUCGGUUCGGAUUUUUCGGAUCGGGUUCGGGUGCCACUUCGGAUUUCGGGUAAAAUGCCCACCCCGGACCGCUUAGGUACAUUCAUUUUUUCAACAUAAUAGUGAAUUUAAAUGUUUUCUUGAAUAGUCUUACGUGCAUUCAACUGCAUCAGAUGCUUUUGAUAUUUAGAGGAGCGGGGGACAAUCCAAUAAGUGUGAGAGGUGACAUAUGAAAUGGCCUGAGCGGAGACAUGUGCAAAAAGAAAGAAAGCCUUUGCCAAUUGUCAGAGUCUUUGUGGACAAGGGAAUCAGAUUCAUUUUCAUUAUGAACCUUCUUUUUCUCUGUGGUAGACUGGUAGGCAUUAGAAUGAGUGUAUAUCAAAAAUUCAAUCUAUAAUAUAGUUUCAACAAAAUAAGACGACUACCACUAAUUAAUUUCUCACCGCUAAACGAUCAUCAGGCUGUAUAUUUAGGGCAACCUCAAAGGCAGAGAGAGAGUAUAGAGAAAGCAACGAUUGGGCAUUUUCUGUUUGAUUAGAGUUAACUCGAGUAACAUGUCUACUAAAUAUCAAUAUAUGUUACAUGCUUACAUAAGAUCGGCAGGUAGUGGAAAAAGCCAUGUCCCUUUUUGUCUCAAAAGGUCUUAAGUGGUGUAUAGUGACGCACAUAUCUUUUCUUUUAUAACUGUUCAAUCAUUGUGGAGUACUAUAUAGUUGAACAGUUGUUUUAUAUAAUAACCAAGAAACAUGGUUACAUUCAUUUUCUUCAUUUCUCUUCUAUUUUAAACUAAUAUAAACCAGUGUUCAAACUUAUUAUCAGAUGUAAUAGUCAACGUUAAGAAAGUAGAUGAAGAAGUGUACAUAAAACAAUAGUCAAUUGGGAGGACGCAUAGCAUGUUCGACCGUCAUAGGCUGAUUCUAUUUCAUUUUGAAUUCGGUUUAUUUGUAUAGUUAUGGCCUAAUCUUCUCUUCUCUCUCUCUUUUUUUUCCUUUGUUGGAACAAAAAAUUAUGUUAAAUCGUGGUGUCAAACCCGACUCUGGAAAGGCUCAAAAAAUUUGUACUGAAAACACAAUUUUAAAAAAUAAGUUUACUAAAUAUUAAUUUUAAAAGGUAAAAGUGUUACUAGAACUUACUAGAAAGAUUCGAACUCUAUCUAUUGCCUAAAACUUUGAUGGGCCUUUUUAAACUUGUUAUCAUUUAACCAUUCAUGGGCCGUUUUGAAAUAAGUGACUGUCAAAUGCUUUGAUUUUUCUAUUAUUUUUUACUGUUGACUUUUUAGGGUUGAAAAUUCGAAUGCGAACAAGACCGCCAGUUUUCUCUAUGUUCACACUGUCUCCAACAAAUCAUUCCAUCGAAACUCGUAACCACAAUUUUCAAAAUACUCUUUCAUACUGUUUCCCUGUGUAGUUGAUAAAUCAACAUUUCUCCAAAUCCAGAUGGAUCCUUACACAGAAACUGGAUCAGUGAAUCUUGAUUCAUCCUUGUGGCCACAUGCUUCUAAGUCAUUACCAGAACUCUUAACAGAGAUAUGUCAGAAAGCUCAAAAAAUGCUCAAACUGAUCAAAGAUGGUCAACCUGAGUCAACAGAUAUUUUUCUUACCUUUUAUCAGUCUCUUGGUGAGUCUUACAAUCAUCUGAACCAAGAGCUCCUCAACGGCUUCCUCAAUUUUGAUAUUAAACCUUCAUCUUCAGACAAAAACAGUGUCUCUUUUAGAUCUGAUAGCUCUCCUUCUCUGGAGUUUGAUUUGGUGUCAGGAGUCUCUUACUCAUCUCUUAAGCUGAAUGAUGAGGCUGAGAAGAAGGACCAGUCUGCAUAUAUGCUUGCUGAUUUCUUCAGUGACGAGCUUAGGACUGCACUGAGAGAUCUAGAAGAGAGAAACACACUGGUGGGCGAGUUAGAGAGCAAGCUAUCUGAUUCAAACGACAAAAUCAAGACUCUAGAACGCGAGCUCGACGAGUGCCAUGAGCUUCUAGAGGUAUCAGAAGUCGAGGUUUCGAAACUGAAUGAAAUGUUGACCGAGAAAGCCGACAAUGGUGCUGACUUGUUGUUAAAUACCCUGAGAGCAGAGCUGAGGUCGAGAGAUGUUCAGAUCGAGCAAAUGGAGGAGUAUUUGAACCAGGUGUGUGUCAAAGACACUGAGCUUCUGUCUGAUGAUGAGUCGGGAACCAACAAGAGUGUCGUGGAAGAAUUGAAAAGUAGAGUUGAAGAGCUGGAGAAUCAAGUGGAGAAGCAGAGUGAUGUGAUAUCAGAAAGAGAGGAAGAGAAACGGGAAGCUAUAAGAGAGCUCUGUUUCUCUCUUGAUCAUUACAAGAGCAGAUACACUGAACUUGUAAUAUCACUUUCAGGCAAUAACUAACAAGGUUUCUAUUAAGAUCUAAUUUCAUAAUAUAAAAGUCGCAUUUAGCUUCUGACUAGUUCAAGUUAGGGAAGUUAACAAGCAAAUUACAUAAAUAUUCCAAUAUGAUUACCACACCAUAGCCUUUUUUUUUACUGUUUUUAUAUAAAAAAUUAAUAA